AUGGAAUAAUUACUUUUCAUUUAACCUGAAAGAAUGUUGAAAUUUGAAUAUGAAAAUAAUUAAUACAUUGCAAGAAUCGUUUUGCAAAAUGUUUCAGCAAUCUUUGUAGCUUUUAAAGUUAGAUUAAGUAAUCAAAAUGAUUAUAGUGUUAAACCAACUAUAGGAGUUUUAAGAGCUGGUAAUAGUGUAACUUUGUAAUUAACUACUGAAAAUGCAAUUUGUAUUAAUGCAGAUCGUGUUUAGAUUUUAGCUGGACCUAUUUCAAAUAAUGAGGUAUAACUCAAUCAAUAAGAAGGAUGUAAUUUAAUUUUUCAAAAAAUAACAGAGAUUGAAUUAAAAAAUCUUAAAAUGUAGUAUCGAUGAAGUUCCAUCUUUAUAAUCUACUGUUUAUAAAUCUACUAUUUCUCCAUAAGAAAUUAAUGAUUUUAAAACAACGACAAUUAAAACUGAAUAUGUUAAACCAUUGAAGAAAUAAUAAUUACUACCAAAGGAUAUUUUAACAUUAGAAGAACAAAUCAAAAAAAUAGUAAUAUUUUAAUCUAUUCUUCUUAGAGUGAAGAUCUUAAAGUUAUUAAAGAAAAAUAAAAUGAUGGGAAAAUAACAGUAGGAAUUAAACCAUUCUUGUUAUCCAUUUUAAUUUCUAUGAUUGUUGGAGUAUAUAUAACUUAUAGAUGA